GCGAGUUCUGGUGCUGGCCCCGCUACAAGCAGGCCAGGGGCGGAGUUACAGAAUUGCGUAAUGACGUUGCUUCAGUCAGCGGCAAAGCUGUGGGGAAGAAGGAAACCAGAAAGAAGCAGAGGACAAUGGCUGCAUACGCCGACUUUACCAGAGAGAAAACGCAUUGGUCUGCGUACGAGGUCCAGGUGCUUCUGACUCUGUGGGCAGAUUCAAGUAUCCAGCAAGAGCUAGAAUCAACAGUCAGAAACGAGAGAGUUUACAGUCGGAUCACCACAGAAUUGGCCGCAGUUGGCAUCCACCGUAGUAUUAAGCAGUGCCGAGAAAAAAUAAAAAAACUCAAACAACAAUACAAAAAGUUGAAAGACCACAACAAGAAAAGCGAUGCCGAGUGGUAUGUCACUAUGGAUUCGGUGCUUGGACACAGACAGGGAUCCAACUUUGCGUGUGACGUCACGUAUUACGGCUCAGACACUGCCAUGGAAAACAAAGAUGCGCUUGCCAGCACGACCGACUUUGGUCCAGACAGCGCUCUGCUCGACACUGUUUCGUCUGUGGAAAAUGGGUACAAGACAACCAUGCAGCAGGCAGUGAGAAGAUGGAAUAGUCAACGGCGGCGUAUUUUGUUCAAAGCUAAGCAGGCUGCUCUGCGCAGGCGUGCACUACACGGAAGAAAUGGUCCAGCAGCAUCACACACUACACGUUGGGAGAGGCAGGCGAGGAGGGAACCCCAUACACGACAAGAGAGUGAUGUGGAUGUAGGAACACUUAAACACCAAUGUCCUGCAACAGAAACACAUGAAGAAGACACAACAGAGAGACACUGUAUGAUAAAAACUGAGACAGAGGAGUGUGUUGUCAGCCCACAGAAGACUGAUGUAGCUCCCUUAACUUCAGCGCCUAUUCCCAUGCUGUAUGAGGAAGGCCAGGCUCACAGCACUACACAAGACUCCACAGCAGUCACUGUGCAGCACGCCUUCCUGACAACUCAGCGAGAACAGUGUCGCCUGAUGACUGAAAAUAACGGUAUCCAGCGGACGCUUGUCCGGGCGGUAUCCCGCAACAACAGGUGCAUUAGCGACCUGGCAAAGAGCAUCAGGGCUCAGACUGCUGUCGCUGCCAGUGUCCAGGACAGGAUUGUACAGUUAUUGGAGAGGCAGGAAUGGACCAAUCAGCUGCUCACUAUGAAGGUGAUGGGCGUCUCGUCUACACCGUCAGAACGCCCACAGGAGGCAAGAGGAGAGUCUGCCCGGCCCAGCACUGUACCCCAGUCUGUGUGUUCAGACCAUUUCUCUGGCAAGGAGGCCACUGAACUCUCUCCUACUUCUGCAACCUCAGAUCAGUAACACACAUAUUUAUUGCCAGCAAAUUGCUAAAUUACUUUCUUUUCAUUGUAGCCCCUCCCUUUACAGUAUUGGGUUUGUAUGCAUUCCUUUAAUUUCAAAUUCUGCAUGGCACAUUACCUCAUCCAAGUGCCCGGGAUCCUGUUUACUACCAGCAUUGUUAGGAAAGAGAAGUUGUUUCUGAAAAGGGGGAAAGUGGAUCAGGAUGACUGUAUUUAUGUUCAUCACACUUGCUGGCAAUUAUGGGAAAGGCUCUUUCCUAACAAGACCUAACAGGUUAUUUGUUUUUGUGUUUUUGGGCAAAGAGAAUGGAUUGAAAUGUUGAUCUGGGUCCUUGUUGGUAAAUUAUAAAUUAAAACUUUAGCCAUGCAGUGAACAAAAUAAUAAUAAAUGAAAAGGCACAUCACAACGAUACACUACUGACACUGAGUGGACCUAUGUUUUGAUGUUUUGUAGCAUUAACUGUAGAUAUAAAGGAAUUGCCAAUUGAAAACUACAUGUUGUGAAAUAUCAAAAAUGAACAACAGUGGGUAAAAAGUGCAAAAUGUGAUUUGUUCUUGGUUUAGUAUUUUUCUUGAAAAACGUAUCCCACAAGGUGCCAUUGUUAUUCAGUCACAAUUGAAUCACAGAGCAAUAUUAUUGUCAUGGAACGUUCUUUAAAAUUAUGGUAUACUGAGAUAAUGGGAGGCUUGAUUCUCUGGGGAAAAUCAGUAUGUGUACAUAUACUAAUGAAUAAACCUAUACAUUUUCAAGUUGUAGUCUAGUUUUUUAAAACCACAUAAACUCAGCCCUACAACAUGUAUGCAAAUGUA